AUGCCGACGCCGAGCGUCGUGCUCGCGACGGCGGGAUACGACCACACCGUGCGGUUCUGGGAGGCGACGCGCGGGGUGUGCUAUCGAACGCUGCAGUACGCGGACUCGCAGGUGAACAAGCUGGAGAUCACGCCGGACAAGCGAUACCUCGCGGCGGCGGGGAAUCCGCACGUGCGGUUGUUCGAGGUGAACGCGUCGAACCCGCAGGCGGUGACGUCGUACGAUGGACACACGGGGAACGUGACGGCGGUGGGAUUCGAGCCGCACGGGAGCUGGAUGUACACGGGGAGCGAGGACGGGACGGUGAAGAUUUGGGAUUUGCGCGCGGGAGGGUAUCAGCGAGAGUACGAGAGUCGAGGCGCGGUGACGAGCGUGGUGUUGCAUCCGAACGGGACGGAGCUGAUGAGCGCGGAUCAGAAUGGGAACAUUCGAGUGUGGGAUUUGACGGCGAACGCGUGCUCGUGCGAACUCGUGCCAGAGGUAGGAACGGCGGUGCAAUCGCUCACGGUCGCGGGCGAUGGGUCCAUGGUGGUGGCGGGAAAUAGUAAAGGGACGUGUUACGUGUGGAAAUUACAGCCCGGGUCGAAGACGACGGCGCAUUUUGAGCCGUUGCACAAGCUCAACUCGCACAACGGGUACGUGUUAAAGUGUUUAAUUUCCCCGGAUUGUCGCUUACUCGCCACGACGUCGAGCGAUAAGACGGUCAAACUAUGGAAUUUAGAUGGGUUCAAGCUCGAGCGCGUGCUCGAGGGUCAUCAGCGCUGGGUGUGGGAUUGUGUCUUUAGCGUCGACGCAGCCUAUCUCGUCACCGCGAGUUCGGACACCACCGCGCGCCUGUGGGAUUGCUCCACGGGCGAAGCCAUUCGCGUGUACAGCGGUCAUCACAAAGCCGUCACGUGUUGCGCGCUCAACGACAGCGCCGUCGGCGACGCCGCGGAGGCGGAAAUUAGUAAUGAAUAG